GCCUUCGCCUGGGUUACCAUGGAUACCAUGUCCCUGGAGCAUCAGAUUCAGAGCGUGCAGCGACACAUCAGCUUCCUGAAAAAGGAGCAGAUGGCACUACUUCGAGACCUGCACCUGGAAAUUCUGAGGCUGCAGAAACGCUGCUCAGAACUGACCCAUGACCUGGAAAUGAGAGAAGCCCAAUCUCACCAGCAAGAGGAGGCGUCCCGGGAGCUGGAGAGCAAGUGCCGCGCGCUGGAGUCGCAGCUGGCGGCACGGACCGCCGCCAACGCAGAGCUGCGGCGGGAGGUGGCGCAGCGCGAGGUUCUGGUGUCGGCGCUGCGGUGCAGCCUGCGCGCGGAGGAGCGCCGCUUCCUGGAGGAGCUGCGUCGCCGCAGCCACCGCGCCACGGUGCUGGGCACCGAGCUGCAGAAGCACACUGAAGCGGCCGCCUACCUCUCCUGCCAGCUGCACGCCGCGCGCCAGAGACUACAGGCCCCGCGCCCGGGCCCCGGCGCUGCUGCGGAACCCCGGCCCCGCCGGCGCGCUCAAAGGGCCCGCCGCCCGCCCGAGGCCGCCACCAAGGGCCCCAGCCGGGACUGGGCCUCCUGGGACCGCGCGGCUGGACCCCUGGACGACGUCGACCCCAUGCCAGACCCCGCGCUCUUCCUCUACGCCCGGAGGCCCCCGCGGCCCGGCGCCCGCGGCCCACGCCUGCCGCCGCCACAGGAGCCACAGGAGCCUCCAGACCAAGGUGGCCAGCAACCCAGGCCUUGCCAGAGCCCGCCCGCCGCAUCCAGCGCGCCCGGGGCCCCGGAGUAG